AUGUCCCCUUAUAACUAUUAUCUUUGUCGAAGUGAUAAGCAAACAAAAGAAAGGCAUCUUUCAAAAGCACAUAGUGGGAUAAAAACACAUCUUGUCCAAUUUGUUGAUGCUACUGCUCCACUUGCUUCAGAAGCCUUAAAUGCUUACAAAAGUAUUUGCCUGAAAAAAUUGGAAAUCACAAAGGAAACAAUUAAUUCCAGUCAAAGUGAAGAUGGUCUUUUGUCACCAACUCAUCAAAGCUUAGACAAAACAUUGUCAAUUGGCCAUAGUAACCUAGAAGAAAAGAUGGAUGUGGUAGUUUCUAUGUUGAAAGAUUUAUCCACCAAAAUCGACCAGCAAAAAGUUCCUUCGGCUACAAGUACUGCAUCUGAUAUGUCAAUUCUGGUUAAUGAACUCACCACAGAUAAAUAUAUGCAAAGCAGCAUUUCUUGUGUGGACUGGAGUAAGAUAGAGAAUAUAAUCCAAUUGACUGAAAAAAUCAAGAGUGUCAGAUUCUUUGCCGGUGCCGAAAGUUUCCAGAAAGGAUGUGUCAGGUGUCAACUGUGUUUUGAAUACCUUUCCUCACGAGACAACCAUUUGAAAAGACACGAUCCGAUUAGAAUUGAAGAGGAUGGGCAUUCUGUUGCAUCACAUAUAAAGAAGUAAAGUUAUAUUACACAUGAUUGUAUUAUAUAGGCCUACUGCAAAUUGUAUAUAUUUUUAUUAUGCUGGAUAAUACAACUAUCAUAAUUAUAAUAUCAAUUCAGUUUCUAACUUUUUAAUUAUCAAAGUGUCAUAUAAACUUCCAGUUUUGUGAAUUAAUAUUAAUUUCAUCAAUGGUUAUAUGAAUCAAGUGUUGGGUUUAUGGGUAUAUAUCAUUGAUUUAAUUAAUAUUUUAAUUGGUCAUGGUCAACGGUUCAAAUAUUUUUUUGCAGAUAUGGUAAUAAUAUAUCUAGUGGUUUAUUCCUUGAAAGUGCCGAAGAUGUUGGUAAGAUUAUCGAAGGCAAAAAUGACUGUUGGUACCGCUUGAAGAAUCGGAUAAAGAACCACCUAAACUGCACUGGUGACAAUGCAAAAACGCACCUUGAAGCCCUUAAGGUAAGAUUACAUAAACUUUAAAGUAGCUACUGUAUAUUAAGGAAAGUUUUUUUUUAAAAAAUGAAAUUAGUUAAAUUAAGAUGAGGAAAUUGAUAAUUACUACUGUCGUCGAUAAAUAUACAUACUGAUGGUGGUUUUCCCCCGCUUUUCUUAGAGAUUUGUAAGCAAAUUUCAGUUGUACCUUCAGUGAUAGUUGUUAAUUUUAUUAUAAGGCAGAGCACUCAAAUAACAAAUUGGCCAAAAGGGGUUUAAACGUAUCAAAGAAUUUAGUGAGAGUGGCGCUGUCUGUUGUUGAGUCCAAGUCUGCUGCAAUCCACUUUGAAACGCAAGUGGCAGCUCACAUUGCGACCGGCUCAGAUAUGGGAGAUAUUGGACAUAGCUACAAACAAUUCAACGAGAUUCUCAAAGCAGCUGAAGUAUAUAUCGACAAAGAAAUCGAAAAGUAUCUGCUUACACCUCUCUCAAACACAUUACUACCACCACAUUUCUGUGGGUUGGCAGACAAGUCAACUAUCCAUCGUAUUACUAAUCAAGGAGUAAUUAUUGCUAGCAUGUUGAAUGGCAUAAAGACGGCAAUUCUUGUCUAGGCUCCAGCAGUAUACCACGCAUUUGACAACGGCCAAGAUGAUUCAGGAGGUGUGACUGGUGCCUGUGCCGCAGAAUUAGCCGAGAGCAUGUUUACGACCAUUACAACUGCUUAUCCUGGUAUGAUCAACAUAAUAGGAACUUCCUGGCAGGGGACGGUGUUAGACGGCCAAUAUCAGCCGAAAGGUUUUGCUAAUAAGCUUUGGGAUCUUCUCGAAAAAUCACAAUGCACGUUCACAGAUGUAAUAUGGGAUCCACCUCAUUGGGUGAAUCUAGCCGCAGAAGAUGUAUUUGAAGGGAAAAUUGGUCAUUCAAAAGAAUUUUUGAAACGGCUAAUCACUAGAAGCGCAACUAUUCACCAAAUAUUUCAAAGGGGAAAAAAUUUGGCUCAGGCCAAAACUCAAGCAGAGACUAUGAAUUGCAAGCUUCAGUUAACAAGCCGCACCUGUGCAACGCGUUUCGCGACGUCGCAGAUUCAUGAGUUUCGAAAACUUAUCUCUUCAGCUCAUGUGUAUAUGGCAACGUACGAGGAAUUCCAUAAAAAUGAUCCCAAAUUCGAGUUGAAGACGUGGGAGAUCUGUGGACAGGAUUUCGUUGCAGAUAUGUGUGGGUGCGUUGACGUUUUCUUGCCAUUGAUUACCUUUCUUGUUCAGUUACAAGGUCUCAGUGUUCCUAUUUGGAAAGCCUCAGUGUGGGUUCCCAAAGUCACGGCAGACUUAGAUGAAUUGGUGAAACUACGUGUAAAUUUUCCCCCUGUAAGCUGUUUCCAUCUGGCCUCUAAUAUUAGUGAUAUUAAGAAGAAAACCUUUCAUGGGCAAAAAUUAGUAGACGGCUGGUUGAUAGUCGGAAUCGAAGCUAAUUCCUCCGGAGAAGGUCAGAAAUUCUAACAUGGAAGAUGCGACAACUCCAUGACGUCGAACGAGAUCUUCGGAAUCUUGCUAAGGACUUGUCCAUCUCUUUGACAAGUCGUUUCGAGAAAUGCGCAUCGAAUUUGCAAUCUAUACUUGCUUGCAUAGAUAUUGAUUGCAUUGUAAAUCUCUUGGUUGGUGUUCGAAAGGUCAGUGGCUACCCAUCUCUAUUGAAAGAAGAAGAGUUUGUUGAAUUUGGUAGAAAAGAUUUCAAACAAUUUUUCAAGUAUAUUUGCUCCUUACAACACGUGAAGGAGCUAGCUGAGAACCAUUUUACUGAAUUGAAACUAAAGUGUGUCUACAGCGACGAGAUCCUGACUAACUUAAAAAACACUUUGAAGAUUAUCCUGUGGACACCCAACCAUGUCCAUAUACUUUCCCGAUGGCUUAAGUUUAUUACCACGACAGAUAAUGGUCAGGUGUGUUAAUAUUUGCUGUAUAAACUAUCCUAGUCUGUGCGCGCGUUCCGUGUCCUCAAACUACACAUUGUUACUACACAUUGUUAUCAAUUGUAUGUUUUUGUUGAAUGCUGUUUUGGAAAACCAAAGACAUGGCUUUUAAUUUUUGGUCUUCUUAAAUCUUUAAUAAGGUAAAGGAGCACUCGUUGACAACUGAACAAGACCAUCUGGUGAAGUUGAUGACGUUUAAACGAAAACAAUCAUCUCAUUUCCAGGACAAGUACUAUCUUCAAAACCUUUAUGAAGCGACAUUUCUCAUGGAUAACCAGAAAACAAACACUUUUGUGGUUUGGAUCGAUGAGAGUGAAGUGUACAGGUACGUCAAUUAUAUAUAUAAUAUAUAUAUAAUAUAUAUAUAUAUAUAUAUAUAUAUAAUAUAUAUAUAUAUAUAUAUAUAUAUAUAUAUAUAUAUAUAUAUAUAUAUAUAUAUAUAUAUAUAUAUAUAUAUAUAUAUAUAUAUAUAUAUAUUUAUAUAUAUAUAUUUAUAUAGUAGUUGGUUUUGUAUUAUUGUUUAAUGGUACGUAUGUAUUUUAUUGUAGAUCAUUUUAUGUCGACGAGGUAGUAUCUAAAAUGAUCGGCGUGGAAAUGAGCAUUGCCACAGAUAUUGCACUUGCCCUUGGCAGUACUGAGUCAAUUGUCGAAUCAUUAUACUCAGUAAUGAAAAGUCAAAGCAUGGAAGGUGGCCAGAGCAACAGCACUUUAGCUUUGAGGUAUACUGUAUUCGCCAUAUUUUUUUCAAAUUGUAUAUUUACUAUUGCGAUCGUUGUCUAAAAUCCUUCACCGCUGCAAAAUGUAUACAUUCAACCUUUUCCGUUCAAAUCGUUUGAAAUUAGCCAUUAAUUAGGCUCUUUGUCAAAUUAAACAUUGAACGGUUAUUUCGAGUGCGAACUAUAAGCAGUUGCAACUGCUCUUAGUAUAAGGUUUAAAGAUGUAUGUAAUUUUCAUCUCCAUACCACUCCUCAACAUUUAGUUCCAUCUAGUCAAAUAUCCAAUUUUUGUCAAAUUAGUAAAAUAAUGUUCUUAUUGCCAAAUUUAGAACAAAAAUUGAUUGGUUAAUGCCAACCGUAAUUAAAGCUGAUAAACUUGUAACUGGAAUUGCACAACUAUAUCAUGAUGGCGACAAAAGUCACAAUCUACCCAAGCAUCGCUGGCCAAUCUUGAGCUACAGAGCUACCUAUGGCCCGGGAAAAGAUUUGAGUAAAGUCAUGACUAAGAAGACCACCGAAGGAGUUCGCUUACCGUUUCUUCUGUAA